UGCGUGCGCGCGAGUGUGUGUUCGUGCUGCGUGCCGCGCGUGUGUUUGCCUUUUUCUCCCCAAAGCGAACAUGAACUAGUUUGUUGGGCUACACUUUCCUUCUCCUCCAUCCAUCCAUCCAUCCAUCCACCCGUCCCCCCCUUUCCUCGCCUCCUUGCUCCCUUUCCCGUGCGUCCCGUCGAACGGCUCGGCGGCACACUUGCGACUCCGCUGGGUGAUGUUGGACAUGGGCGAACGCAAAGAGCUCAAAAUGAUCCCCAAGUCGUCCUUCACCAUCCACAGCCUGGUGCCCGAGGCCGCGCAGAGCGACAACCGCAGCCACGGCCACCGUCACCACCCGCACAACGGCAGCGGAGGCAACAACCACCAGCACCACCACGUCCAGAACCACCACCACUACCACCACCACCCCCAGAACGACGAGCUCAAGCCCGCUGCCGCGCAGCAGGAUGCGAGCAAGACGGAAGGCAAGAGCGAUCCACCAGGGCCCGAAGGCUCCGGCGGCGGCCAGGAAACCCCCUUGGCGGCCUUGGCGUCAGCGGCGGAGAAGCCCGAAGACAAGAAGGAGGGCAAAGACGAGGCAGCGGCUGGCGGCGGCGACGCCGGCUGCAAGGAGGCUGAGAAGAAGGGCGGCAAGUUCGAGAAGCCUCCGUUCUCGUACAACGCGCUCAUCAUGAUGGCCAUCCGCCAGAGCCCGGAGAAGCGGCUCACGCUCAACGGCAUCUACGAGUUUAUCAUGAAGAACUUCCCCUACUACCGCGAGAACAAGCAGGGCUGGCAGAACUCCAUCCGCCACAACCUGUCGCUCAACAAGUGCUUUGUCAAGGUGCCGCGCCACUACGACGACCCGGGCAAGGGCAACUACUGGAUGCUGGACCCCAGCAGCGACGACGUCUUCAUCGGUGGCACCACCGGCAAGUUGCGCCGGCGCUCCACCACCUCCCGAGCCAAGCUGGCUUUCAAGCGUGGAGCGCGCCUCACCUCCGGCCUCACCUUUAUGGAGCGGGCCGGUUCGCUUUACUGGCCCGUGUCGCCCUUCCUGUCGCUGCACCACCCAAGGGCGGGCGCCGCCGUGGGCUACAACGGGCCCGCCUCUGCGGCGGCAGCGGCCGCCGCGGCGGCGGCCGCGGCAGCAGCGGCCGCGGCCUACCCUGCCCACCCGGUGUCUUACGGAGCCGUGCUGGGCCAGAACGUCCACGGCGCCGGGCACCCGUUCUCGCCGUCGCCCAACGGCCUGAGCAUGGAGCGGCUGGUCGGUGGAGAGCUGCCCUACGCCACGCACCAUCUAACGGCGGCGGCGCUGGCGGCCUCAGCGAUGCCCUGCGGCCUGUCGGUGCCCUGCUCCGGCACCACCUACUCCCUCAAUCCGUGCUCGGUCAACCUGCUGUCCGGCCAAACCAGCUACUUCUUCCCGCACGUCCCGGUGAGCACCGCGGGCGGCGGCGGUGGUGCGGGCGGAGGAGGCGGCGGCGCCGGCGGCCAACCCGUCGUCCGGGCCCCGGCCUCCGGCUCCUCGCAGGCUUCCACAUGUGACUCUCUGAGACCCCCCAUGGGCGCCUCUCUGCCGUCCUUUUCGUCUGGACUGUCCGUCGGACUUUCUGACUAUUUCACGCACCAGAACCAGGCCUCUGCGCCCAAUCCGCUCAUCCACUAACGGAACCGACAACUGCGAAACUCCGCAACUGUAAGUGGAACAUUUAACAAAAAGAAUUUAAAGAUUAGAACUAGGCAAAAGACAACCGGAAAGUUUCCAGGUAUUUUUUAUUAUUAUUAUUAUUAUUGUUAUUCUUAAUAUUAUUCUUCGUGCUCUGUGUGUGCGUAUGUGUGUGUGCGUGUGUGUGUGUUAUCGCUCACACGCGUGUGUAUAGUGCGUGCGCGUGUCACGUCGACUAGAAUGUUAGUUCAAAAUUUUUAUUUUUAUUUUUUUCUAGUCAACAUUUUCACUUGAACAUGUUUCAGUAUUAAACGUGACACGGAAUUCUUAUUUGGGGAUUUUUUUUUCCAUAUCUGACCGAAGAAAUGUAAAACAAGUUGACUGACUCGCAUCAACCCGCUUGUUCGUCCUUUCUCCUCCUUUGUUGUUGCCGUUGCCAACAUGUCGACUCGUCCUCUGCAAAUAUUCUGCUACUUGUUUUGGAAUGUCUUCUUCUUUUCUUUAUUUGUUUCCUCUUGUGUCGCUUUGACCUAAAAAAUAAAACAAGAGUGCGAAGGGGGGAAAAUUUUGCAGUCUUGACGAAAUAAAGCUAGCUGAUCUUGCUAAA